CCAAAAUGGAAUAGUUUCGAUCAUUGUUCUGUUUUAACUCGAAAUAAUAUAUUUUGCAACCGAUGUUCGCGAUCAUAUUCUUUUCCUAAUUUCUAAAUAGAUAGUGGGAGCCUUACAAUGGGGCUUUCAUCACCCUCUUUCAUCUUAUUGCCACGAUAGCAUAACUAAUGAUAUCCAAACUAAUUUUGUUUCUAUAGGCUUCCAUGAACAGCUUGUUUCAUACCCUUGAGAAACAACUAUAAAAGCCAACCAUUAUCCUUAUUGUAUUCUUUUCUUUUUCAUUUUACAUCAUUACCCGUUCAUUGCAGUAGCCUUACCAUAGUAACUCUCUCUAUUCCCUAUUCCAUUUAUAUACAUCACAAUGGUUCAGAAUAAGUCUGUGAUCUUCUUAAAGCAUCCCGUCGAGUAUCCUGUUCCCGGUGAACAUUUUGCUGUCGAAACCAAGGAGCUCGAUGUUGAUCUUAAGCCCAAUGAUGUUCUUGUCCGCAAUCUCUUCAUUUCUCUGGAUCCUUACAUGCGUGGCAAGAUGAGAGAUACAACCAAGUCCUACACUGCUAGCUUUGUCAUUGGUGAGCCUUUGAAUGGCGGAGGUGUGUCCGAGGUCAUCGAAUCUAAGAAUGACUCUUUCCCUGUUGGCACCAUCGUCACUGGCACGGUUGGUUGGGAGCAGUACAGUGUCGUGCCCGGUGCUCAAGGUCUUCGUGCCAUCCUUAAUGCUCGAGAUUCUAAAGUUCCACUUUCAGUCUAUAUCGGUGUCCUUGGAAUGCCUGGCAUGACCGCCUAUUCUUCUCUCAAGAUCAUUGGGAAGCCCAAGGCCGGUGAGACGAUUUUCAUCUCGGCUGCUUCUGGUGCUGUUGGACAGCUAGUAGGUCAAAUGUCUAAGCAGCUUGGCCUUCGUGUCAUUGGAUCCGCUGGAUCAGACGAAAAAGUCGAGUAUUUGCUUAAGGAACUUAAAUUUGAUGCCGCGUUCAACUACAAGAAGGGAAAUAUCUUGAAGGAGCUCCAAGCUGCUGCACCCAAGGGUAUCGACAUCUACUACGAAAACGUCGGCGGUGAGACCCUCGAAGCAGCUCUGGAGGUGAUGAAUAAUCACGGUCGUGUCAUUGCUUGCGGAAUGAUCAGUGUCUACAACACGCCCAAUCCCUAUGGCGUCCGUAACCUGUUCCAUAUUGUUUCCAAGCGCAUUACUAUGCGUGGCUUCAUUGUCAGCGAUUUUGCUGAUGAAUGCGGUGCUGAUUUUGCCAAAGAUGUCGGGUCAUGGCUGAUGAACGGAGAGAUUGUCUAUAAGGAAGAUAUUGCCGUUGGUAUUGAGAAUGCACCCGAUGCCUUCGUUGGCAUGCUCAAGGGUAAAAACUUUGGAAAGCAAGUGGUCAAGAUUGCUGAUUUGUAGUUUUAGUUUUGUUUGCAGCAACACCUCUCUAUUCAAUCCUAAAAUAAAAAUCUUAACUGAAAUCUGAG